AUGUCAGGUGGGAAAUAUAAGCCGUUGGAUAAACCAGCGGAUAAGUCAUUGGAUAGCGAUAACGUGCUUUUUUCCAUGGACGAUGACAAUAUCAGUAUCAAUCAAGAAAUAGAUACAAGCCCGGUAGAUGUUAAUGUUCGACAGAAACAGCCUUCCGAACCUGCAAGGGGCCUUUUCAAUACUAUCGCACCUUAUUACCAGGUAGGAGAUGAUCAAUUGUAUCAUCAAGUUGUUUCUGGCCUCAGCUUAAAGAAGGUUAAGAAUUUAGAGGCAGGACCUAACACGAAUAUUGAGAUAUACUCCACGUUUUGGAUUAUAAUGACAGGUGUGCUAUCGCUAUACGUUUCGUACUGUGGCAAGAAUUUACUAACGGAGUUCAUCAAUGGUAGGAGAAUUACUGAUCAGAAAGGAAACUACGGAGUUUUAAUCAGCAUGUUAUGGUUGUUGAGCAUUUACGUGGUUCUUAUACCUGUCUGUUUGAAGAUGUUUGUAACGUACGUCUUUAACCAGGUGAUUGGGGGACUAGAGCUCAUUCAGUGGUAUGGAUUAAGCUGCAUCGUUUGGAUUCCUAUCUCCAUUCUUAGUAUAAUGACCGCAUUUCUCCCCGGCAAUUGGGCCGCUGUGCUAGAAUGGAUACUUGUGGCACUAGGUGGAGCUUACGGAUGUGGUAUUAUUUUCGCGCAGAUACAAGAGGAUUUAAAUGAGAUACCUCAAAAGAAGGUGAUCUCACUGAUAGUAGUAGCAUUACACACCUUAUUCGUCUUGAUCAUUAAAUUUGCUAUUUUCUAG